AUGAAGUCCCUCCUACUCCCCUUCCUCUGGAUAUCACUCGCCCUCGCAGUGGAUCCUAUAACCGUACCUCUCGCACGUCGGUCUCGAACGCACUACGGAAUCGAACACUAUGCAUCAGUCGCCCAAAGUUUAAGAGCGAAAUAUAAUGUUGGCUCAUCCUCUGGCAGAAGAAGGGCCGUCGAGGACAUCCCUAUGAUCAACCAGCAUUCAGACGCCAGCUAUCUAGGGGAGGUCUUGAUAGGCACGCCUCCUCAGGCAUUCGAGGUUGUCCUUGAUACCGGGUCCGCGGAUCUUUGGGUCGCGGAUAUCGCCUGUGCCACUUGUACCGGAAUUCCACUGUUUGAUCCUGCACGGUCCUCCACUGUCCAACAAAGCGCCGCUGGGACUACUAUCCGCUAUGGGUCGGGUGCAGUUGCGGGCUCUAUCAAUAGAGACACUGUGAGGCUGGGUAACUUCACAGUGGAAAGGCAAACAUUCCUGGCCGCUGAUCAGCUAUCAAGUACAUUACUAGACGGAGGGGUAUCUGGGAUUCUAGGUCUCGCUUUCGAAACCAUAGCAAGCACACGUGCCACGCCAUUCUGGCAGAACUUGUUAGAGAACAAUCAACUUUCAAGUCCAGAAAUGUCGUUCUGGCUGACGCGAUUCCUGAAUGUGUCAAUUGCCCGGGAGGCUGAACCUGGAGGAAUCUUCACCCUGGGAGGAAGGAACACUUCUCUGUACAGCGGAGAAAUUGAAUUCCUCGACCUUCCCGUGUCGUUCCCUUCUUUCUGGCUGCUCCCUGUUCGGCGAAUCACCGUCCAAGGAAGAUCAGUGCCAAUCUCCACCGGGUCUGCAUCGUUAGCUGCAAUCGAUACUGGUACCACGUUGAUUGGCGGACCUUCCGGUGAUGUCGAAGCCAUUUGGGCGGCAGUACCUGGUUCACGGAGGUCCAUAGGCAACGAGGGCUUCUGGUACUAUCCCUGCAGAACCGAGAUCAACAUCACACUCAACUUUGGAGGAAAGUCGUGGAGCAUCUCCCCGGAUGACAUGAACCUUGGCCAAACAUCUUUUGGAAGCUCCCUCUGCCUAGGUGCCAUCUUCGACUUGGGCCUUGGAAGCAACAUCCCUGAAAACUCUCAGAACCCUGGAUGGGUUAUCGGUGAUACUUUCCUUAAGAACGUAUAUUCCGUAUUCCGCGCGGACCCUCCAUCAAUUGGAUUCGCCGAACUGUCAACGUUGGCAGGUGGUUCAGGGACAGCACCUGGAAUUUUCAAUGAAAACACGCCCUCUAGGGAUAGCGGCGCUUCCCAUCUAGUAGCACAGGCAUCUAGGAUAUCCCUGAUCUCGUUAUACCUCUUGAUUAUCCUCUGUUACCUGUAA